AUGUUAUACCAGGAGACGCAGUCAAACAGUGCGCUACGUAAGUUUGCACUGAUAUUCAACCGAUUCGUUUUUUGUGCAUGUUGCUUUUCUUGGGUUUCAGUGGAUUUGGAAAAGUUGUUUUCGAAACUUGUUGAGGAGUAUGACGAAAGACGGCUGUUGGUGGAAGAGAAUACGAAAUAUCUGAACUAUGUUCAGUAUAAG